AACAAAAGCUGCCGAGAUAUCCCAUGGGUUCGUACAGACUGAGUGGACUACCACAGUGACGAGCACUCGUUGCAGAGACGAGCUUUUCCCAGCAUGAUGCCGCAUCUAAACUUUUCCUUUAUAAAUAGAUCGUUGGCAACAGCCCUCAACAACCACUGUCUUCCUGAUGCAGCUCGAGCAAAAAAUUAUGAAGUUCUCUGAUUUUCUUUCCGGAUAAAGCCGUAGCCAUUUCAGGCUGUAUCAUCCGAUUAGCGAAUUUCGGCUUUGGAAUCGGACCAUGUCAACUCCGGAACAGGUGUGCGCAAAUGGAAAUGGAGUUGAGCAUGUUGAACUACUGCUUCCGGCGACCAACGAUGACCAUGGAGGGAUCGUUGUGGAGAUGGAGGAGGCCAUGGACUCCGAGGUCUUUGUUACUUUGCUUAGAGCUUCUAUCUCUGAGUGGAGGCGACAGGUUGUCAUUUCUUGCAUACAAAUAGAUGAGGGCAAGAAGGGUGUCUGGAUUAAGCUGCCCAUUGAUCUAGUAAGUCUGGUGGAACCUACAGUGAAGGAGGGAUUUUGGUACCAUCAUGCCGAGCCAAAUUACCUGAUGUUGGUUUACUGGAUUCCUAAAACCAUAUGUACAAUUCCUGCAAAUGCUUCACACCGUGCAGUUAUUGGUGCUAUUGUCUUGAAUGAUAAAAGAGAGUUGCUUGUUGUUCAGGAGAAGAGUGGUAAAUUCAAAGGAACAGGCGUGUGGAAAAUUCCAACUGGGGUUGUUGAUGAAGGUGAGAAUGUUUGUGAGGCAGCCAGAAGAGAAGUAAAAGAGGAAACAGGAAUUGAUACAGAGUUUCUGGAGGUACUAGCAGUCAGGCAAUUACACAAGGCAUUAUUUGAGAAGUCAGAUAUAUUAUUUAUUUGCAUGAUGAGUCCUCUAUCGCUUGACAUCCAGAAGCAAGAACUAGAGAUUGAGGCAGCCCAGUGGAUGCCAUUUGGGGAAUAUGCAGCUCAACCUUUUGUCCAGAAGCACGAGCUUUUCAAGUACAUUACUUACCUAUGCUUGACAAAGUUACAUGGUGACUACAGAGGAUUCUCACCGCUGCCUAUAACGUCAGCUUUCAACGACAGUCUGAGUUAUUUAUAUUUGAACAGCCGGGAUCUGAACAAUUUCUCAAUCCCUUCUGACGAAUUCUAGGUGAAAGAUAGGAUUGGUAUUUAUUGUCGGUGUAUCAAACCCCACUAUUUCCCAUAUUAUUUGAUAUUUUUAAUGAAUAAAUACUCGAUACAGAGCUGACCAA